GUCGGCCGGCGGAAUAACUUUCGCGCAGCUCCCAAGACCUCGGUUGCCAGCGGCUGUUGUUCCCUCACCCGAAUCGCGCUUGAAGUUGCGACGAAACACCGACCUUAUUAUUCUCCAGAGCGCCUGCCUCUGCAAUCACGCGUACGACAUUCCCUCUUAAAUAUAGAGCUGCCCCGACAUCGCCCGAGCUCGCAGCUAAUUUGAGAAUGUCGACCUUCAGUCGCAACCUGUGCAGCACCGCAUCACGAUCCCUUCGUCAGCGGUCAGCCCUUUGCGCAAGAGCCGUGCGGCCAAUUGCCCUCCGAACCUCACCUACAAGCACACGCAUCGCUGCCGCAACUUCAUUCUCCACCAUGACCUCUCUCAAGAGUGCUGCCCCGCCCGUCUCUGGCAACCGAGAGUACGACCCAGAGAUCAAGGAUGUGGCCAACUACAUCCACAAUGUCAAGAUCGAUUCUGAGCUUGCCUACGACACUGCCCGCUGGGUCUUCGUUGACACUCUUGGCUGCGGUCUCAAGGCCCUUGAGUUCGAGCAAUGCAGGAAUAUUCUUGGUCCUAUCGUCGAGGGUACCGUGGUGCCCAAUGGUACCAAAGUGCCCGGUACCGGCUACCAGCUCGAUCCUGUGAACGGUGCCUUCAAUAUUGGCGCCAUGAUUAGAUGGCUCGACUUCAACGACUGCUGGCUCGCAGCUGAGUGGGGUCACCCCUCCGACAACCUGGGUGCCAUUCUCGCAACCGCCGACUGGAUCACGCGGACAAACAAGAAUGGCGGAAACCUCGGUAAUGGCAAGAUCUUUAAGGUCAGGGAUGUCCUUGAGGCUAUGAUCAGGGCACAUGAAAUCCAGGGCUGCAUGGCACUGGAGAACUCGUUCAACAAGGUUGGUCUCGACCACGUUGUACUUGUCAAGCUUGCAUCCACCGCUGUGGUCUCCAAGAUGAUGGGCCUGAACGAGACUCAGACUCGUGACGCUAUCUCGCAAGCUUGGGUCGAUGGACAGUCCCUCCGAACCUACAGGCACUCGCCCAACACCAUGUCCCGUAAAUCGUGGGCCGCAGGUGACGCGUGCCAGAAGGCCGUGAACAUUGUUCUCAAGGUGCUCAAAGGAGAGCAGGGUCUUCCCACUGUUCUCUCCGCCCCUGUUUGGGGCUUCUACGAUGUGGCCUUCAAGGGCAAGCCCUUCCAGUUCCAGAGGGAAUACGGUAGCUACGUCAUGGAGAACGUUCUGUUCAAGGUCUCCUACCCUGCCGAAUUCCACUCCCAGACGGCUGUCGAGGCUGCCCAGCGCCUCAACAAGAAGCUCAAGGCAAUGGGCAAGUCCGCCGAGGACAUCGAGAGCGUUGUCAACCGCACCCACGAGGCAUGCAUUCGCAUCAUCGACAAGCAGUUUAAGCCCAUGGAGAACUUUGCCGACCGUGACCACUGCGUCCAGUACAUGGUUUCCACCAUGUUCGUUUUCAACCGCCUCGAGGCCACCGACUACCCUGAUGAUAGCGAGGCUGCCACCUCCGCCCUCGUUGAGUCCCUCCGACAGCGCAUCAGCUGUGUCGAGGACCCGCAGUUCACCAAGGACUACCACGAUCCCGCGAAACGCACAAUCUCCAACGCUCUUACCGUGACAUUGAAGGACGGCACCGUGCUCGACGAAGAAGUUGUUGAGGCUCCUCUGGGCCACCGUCUGCGACGAGAGGAGGCUAAGCCCGAAAUCCUCGCCAAGUACAAGAACCAUCUCGGCCCCCACUACCCUGCGGAGCACGUGAACAAGCUUGUCGACCUUGCCCAGGAUGGCAAGACGCUCGACAACAUGGACAUUGAUGAGUACGUGGACCUUUAUGUAAAAAACUAGGCGACCAUAUGGCGCUAUGAGUAGACUUGGAACGAUAUGUUGAAACUUCACACUGUGCUUUAGUUGAACUAAGUGAUGCUGUAACAUCGUUAUUCACUGCGACGCGGAACGCGACCUUGCUUUGCAUUUAGCAAUCAUCCGUUGUGGCUGUCUCUACACCGAGUCGAAGCAAGUUGAACCAUGCUUCUCGUCUAUGGUCACAAUGCUUCUUCUUGGGCAA